UUGGAAAGACGGAGUGAGACAGGACGGAGUGAGACAGGACAGACAACUAAACAAAGCCUACUGGACUAAACUCUCUUGUGGAAAUAAACUUAAGGAGUAAUCUCAGGGGUGAAUACCGCAGUCCAGGGCUCAGUGAAGGGAUUUAACACACACACACACACACACACCGACUCCGAGGCGGAGUAUGGACUGAAUGGUGGCCGAAACCCCGAUGGAGGCGGUGAGAAGUUUGCGGUUCGUGCUGCUGCUCUGGCUCGUGGGGCUGACGGGAGCCGCGGCGCGAGAAGUAUGUCUGGGUACGGAUAUGAAGCUGGCAUUGCCCUCCAGUCUGGAGAACCAUUACGAGAUGCUGCGACUCCUUUACACCGGCUGCCAGGUCGUCCACGGCAACCUGGAGAUCACACACCUACAGGGCACCCCAGACCUUUCAUUCCUCAAGGAAAUAGUGGAGGUUCAAGGCUACGUGCUGAUAGCUCAUGUCUCCAUGUCCGUGGUUCCUCUGGAGAAUCUGCGCAUCAUCAGGGGCAGUCAGCUGUACAACUCGAGUUACGCACUCGCCGUUCUCGACAACACCAGAGUCACACAGCUUUGGCUCAAGAGUCUGACGGAGAUUUUACUCGGUGAUGUUUACAUCUGGGGAAACCCCCAGCUUUGUUUCCCCAAUCCUCAGACCAUCAACUGGUCUGACAUCAUGGCUGACCAGGAUCAGAACGGAAAACUGAAACAUCUACAGCCAGCAGCACCUCACUGUUAUCCGUGUUCUGGAUGUGCCUCGAAGGGCUGCUGGGGCCCCACGAUGUCCGACUGCCAAACACUGACAAACGUGCGCUGCACUUCAGGCUGUAAGCGCUGUAAAGGUCCAGACGCGAGCGACUGUUGUCAUGUGCAGUGCGCUGCAGGCUGCACCGGUCCCAAAGACUCCGACUGUCUGGCGUGUCGGCACUUUAAUGACAGCGGCACGUGCAAAGACAACUGCCCCCCUCCUUCCAUCUACGACCCAGUGACGUAUCAGUCCAAACCCAACCCCAACAAGAAGUUCAGCUUUGGCGCCACCUGUGUGAAAACGUGUCCCAAUAACUAUCUGGCCAUGGACGUAGCGUGUACGAUGGUUUGCCCCAAAGAUAAUCAGGAGGUUAUCAUCGUCCAACCAGACGGCCAGGAGACGCAGAAAUGUGAGAAGUGUGAAGGAGAAUGUCCGAAAGUGUGUUACGGUCUCGGGAUGGGGAGCCUCCAGGGGGCGACGGCCGUGAACACCUCCAACAUCGCUUCCUUCCAGGGCUGUAAGAAAAUCUACGGCAGUCUGGCCUUUCUCACGCAGUCAUUUCAAGGGGAGCCACUCAGUAAUUUAACAGGCCUGCAGUCGAAUGAUCUCGAGGUGUUUAGGACUUUAGAGGAGAUCACAGGUUACCUGUACAUCGACGCCUGGCCAGAGGACCUGAGAGACCUGAGUGUGUUCGAGAACCUGAAGGUCAUCAGAGGGCGAAUGCUGUAUAAGGGUAUGUUUUCCCUGGGAGUGCAGUCUCUCCACAUCGAGUCUCUCGGACUGCGUUCUUUGCGCCGCAUCGGUGGCGGCCUCAUGCUCGUCCAUAACAACUCCGAUCUGUGUUACACAUCGUCUCUGUCCUGGGCCUCUCUGCUCUACCCGAGCCAGGAGCUCAACCUCGUCAGCAACAACAACCGAGACCCCAAAACCUGUGUGGCUGAGGGUCAUGUGUGUGACUCACUGUGUGCGAACCGAAGCUGCUGGGGUCCCGGGCCGAGUCAGUGUGCGUCAUGUAAGUCGUUUCAGCGUGGUAUGGAGUGUGUGGAGCAGUGCAACAUCCAUCAGGGUGCCAUCAGAGAGUUCAUCGACGGAUCCUCGUGCGUUCCCUGUCACCCUGAGUGCCGACUAAUCAACGGCUCGGCCUCCUGCACCGGCGCUGGAGCGAACAAGUGUGUAGAGUGCGUGCACUUUCAGGAUGGCGACACGUGCGUGGAGCGCUGCCCGAGCGGCGUGAAGGAGGAACAACACACCAUGUGGAAAUACGGCAACGAGAGCGGACACUGCGUGCCCUGCGCCACCAACUGCACCGUCUCCUGCACCAUGGAUGAACGAGGAUGUCCAGUUCACCAGAAAACUGGGCCCGGGACGACGAUCGCAGCGAUCGGUGGAGUCAUCCUCUUCAUCAUCCUGCUGGGUCUGCUCAUCUUCUAUCUGUGCCGGCAAAAGAAGCUGAAGAAGAAGGAGACGAUAAGGAGACUCCGGCAGGAGCAUGAGCUGGUCGAGCCGCUGACGCCGAGCGGAGUACAACCAAAUCAAGCUCAGAUGCGCAUCCUGAAGGAAACGGAGCUGAAGAAGUUGCGAGUUCUCGGAUCCGGGGCGUUCGGCACUGUCUACAAGGGUAUCUGGACUCCUGAUGAAGAGACCAUGAAGAUCCCAGUGGCCAUUAAAGUGUUGCGUGAGAACACUUCACCUAAAGCCAACAAGGAAAUUCUGGACGAGGCGUACGUGAUGGCAGGUGUGGUCAGUCCAUACGUGUGCCGCUUGUUGGGGAUCUGUUUGACCUCCACGGUGCAGCUGGUCACUCAGCUCAUGCCGUACGGCUGCCUGCUUGAUUACGUGCGGGAGAACAAGGACUGCAUUGGAUCCCAGUACCUCCUCAACUGGUGUGUGCAGAUCGCCAAGGGAAUGAGCUACCUGGAAGACGCCCGGCUGGUCCACAGAGAUCUGGCAGCCCGGAACGUUCUGGUGAGGAAUCCCAAUCAUGUGAAGAUCACAGACUUUGGCCUGGCUCGCCUCCUGGACAUAGACGAGACUGAGUACCAUGCAGAUGGUGGAAAGGUGCCCAUCAAGUGGAUGGCUUUGGAGUCGAUUCUACACAGGAAGUUUACUCACCAGAGCGACGUGUGGAGUUACGGAGUCACCGUGUGGGAAUUGAUGACCUUUGGCAUGAAGCCGUACGAUCUCAUCCCAGCACGGGAUAUUCCGGAGCUGCUGGAGGGAGGAGACCGCCUUCCUCAGCCUUUCAUUUGCACCAUGGACGUCUACAUGAUCAUGGUCAAAUGCUGGAUGAUUGAUCCUGAGUGUCGACCCAGAUUCAAGGAGCUAGUGAACAACUUUAGCACCAUGGCGCAAGAUUCUCCGCGCUACGUUGUCAUUCCGAAUGAUGAGCAAAUGAAUCUGUCGAGUCUGGUGGACAGUAAGUUUUACCGCACAUUGCUGGAAGAAGAAGGAGGGAACGUGAAGGACCUCUUGGAUGCAGAGGAGUAUUUGGUGCCACAACCCGAAAGCUUCGAUAACCAGCCUAAUGGACUGGCCAGACGCCAAUCACACAGGAGCACAGAUCAGGUACUGGAUACGGACGGCAUGCCGAGCGGACGGAGCAUGCACUCAUCUGUCAGCACGUUAGGGCGGAGUCUGUACCCGACCCUUCCUGUCGGAGCCACGGCCAACGGAAACUGGGGAGCCUCUCAGUACCGGCAGCUGGUCCGAAGCCAGUCUCACUGCUCCGCUGGCGGCCAGUCAGACUCUGUGUUUCUGGAUGGGAGCAGGGAUGAGCCUCCCUCCAGUCCUGGGCGAUACAUUAAAGACCCUACCUUCCCUGCGUGCAUGGAUGGAGACGUUGAAGUGGACGGGUUCAUAAGUUACCCUUCACACUCAUUGCCACGCAAGACACACAAACAACCAGAGUACGUGAAUCAGGACGUCCAAUCGGACCGGGCGAAUACGCUGCCGCGUAAAUCCACUGAGAGGCGUUUACACAACGGUCUCAGCUCUGGACGCAGCGUGGAGAACCCUGAGUACCUAGUGCCCACGUCUCCCGCUUUUGACAAUCCAUAUUACUUGGAUCUUGUGGCUAAAAUGCCGGACGGGUCUUUAGAAGACGGAGCCAUGCCACCUCCCAGGCACGUGAACGGCUAUGUCAGGCCCACAGCCGAAAACCCGGAGUACCUGGGAUUGGCAGAAACCUGGAGUGGUCCGAGAGAUCUCACCUGAGGAGCGGUGGGGC